UUACUUACGGUACUGAAAGCAUAGUUCGUCCCUUUGUAUUACAAUUCCUCAAUUGAAAAAAUUUAUUCAGAAUGAGGUCGUCAUCAUCGUCAAAGCAAGCUGCAGAUAAUAGUCGUGGUAUUAGCGGUCACCUACUGACCCUUCAUCAACGCCUUUACCAUGCUCUCAAUCUCGGCACUAGAUAUUGCGAUGACGGGGUUCAAAAGCUGCAUUUUUCUGAUAUUGAGAUGCAAAGACUAGUACUUCGUUCAGUUGAUGCAUUUCUUGAUAAUAUAUCUGCUGAGUCAUUACAACACCAAGUUGUGAAGGAGUCAGUCAGUGACAUAGUUGCAGCUGUAGGAAGUAUUCUAGCAUCAAAAAGUGCAGCCACAUUAAGAUUGGCCUCAGAUGUAGCUGUAAAGAUCGUCCGCAUCAUACCAAGUACAAUGCUGCAACCUCAUUUGGCCAAUCUCAUCCAUCCUUUGUCAUCCUUGUUAAGUUUCCAGCAAUUACGAGUUGCUAUAUCUUGUGCCUCUGCCUUGAAUUUGAUUUUAUCAAAUCUGAGUUCUAAAAGAGAGAAAGAGGUUUGGGAGAUCUUAAAAACCACAAACGUGGUUGGUAAUCUAGGCCAGAAUGUUAAAGGAUACUCCAGUGACAAUAAGCCAACUGAGUACUUUAAAGAGAUGGCCUCUCUGUUAAGUAAAAUUUUGUGGCGUUGGCCUCUUUCUCGGUUCCGUGUUUGGACUGAUACGAAAUUGUUGAAUAUCUUAGAUACUGUCAAGCUCAAUCCUGACUGCUCCAUCAGAAUUGCUGUUCUGCAGCUAUAUUCUGCUUUAGCUCUAUGUUGCAAUGGAACUAAGAAGCUUUUGGAGGAUGGAGAAGGUCUUGUAAAAUUUUUGGUGGACAGUUUGGACAGUUCAAACCCUCAUUCGGUCCAGAUUGAGGGAUUAAGACUUGCCCAAUGUUUAACGAAAAGUGAACAAGGAUGUUCGAAAAUUAAUAAAUCGUCUUGUGAGCCCUUUGUGAAAGCCGUGAUUACCUUAAUGAGUAACUGGAGUUUUGAUGCUGGAAAGCUUGCUAAGUGCCAAAUGUCAAUACUAGUUGAAGUAUGCCGUUUGGCUCUGAUCACUCGUUGGGCAGGGGACCACCAAUUUUAUCUUUGGAAGGCAGGAGUUGAUGGGGUUCUUCUUAGUCUUCUCAUAGGAAAUUCUGACACUACUCAGCAGUCUCUGCGUAGCUUAUCUCUACAAGAACAAAUCAUCAAGUUAGAAGAGGUUUUUGAUAAAUAUGUUCUACUUCCACUGAGACCGUAUGUUUGGGAUAUUCUUGGAUGGCUUGCAGCAAAUUGUAUGGAAGAUUUCUCCCCCAAGAUGUAUUGACAUGAAACAAAUUCCCUAAUCAAUGUGUGUGUGCUUCUGUUUGUUUUUGUCUUUGAAAGCUUGGCCUUCGCGGAUUCUAUACUCAUAGCUCGCCAAAUUUCUCAAGGGAGUGUUUGUCAUUCAUCAGAGAGUGAACCAGCAUCUAGGGCAGUCCUUAUGAUGAUUUAUUCUCCCAGCAAGUACAUUGCUUCUGAAACAAGGUUUAUCCUAUCUGAAGUUCUGGCACUGAAGGGAAAGGACUAUGUGGAAUAUUUACUGGAUAGUUUGAAAGCGGUAUCUUCUGGAAACAAGUUUGGAAUACCGAGUAAUUUUAGACUUGUCAUAACCUUGAUAACUCUGGCAUGUUAUUCAGCUCUGCCAAAACAUCGUAAGCAUGUAAUUCAGCAUGGAGGAAUACCCACUCUGUUGAGCUUCAUUAGUUGGUGGUUAGAUAAUCCUGUCCACCUAAAUAGAUCCAGUGUGGCUCCUCAUGUGCAGAAUUAUUUCAGUGAAAGGACUUGUUGCUGGCCUUCUUCUGAAGAUUGGGAAGGUGAAGAUAUGCUUUUACUUUUUGGACUUAUGGCUCUUGGUGAGUUGAUAAAUGCGAAAAAUUGUGGUGGUCUCUUUUGUAAUCAGAUGGAGUCGCGAGCUGCUUUUAUCAGAGAACUUCAAGAGAUCUGUAUUAACAAUUCUAAUCCUGGACCACGAUGGUACGCUGCUUAUAUCCUUUGCCAUUUUGGAUUAUACGGUUUUCCAAGUAAGUUUGGGAGAGAGUUUCGAGAACUCCUUACUGACAAUGAACAUACUGAUGCGGAGCUUAUAAUUAAAAAUCAGGAACCAGUGCAUGUCCAUGGUGUUAUUCUUCUGGUUAGAUGCCCAUCAUUGUUACCUCUUGAAGAAUUGCUUAAAGAGAAAGAUUUUGGUUCUUCCUUAAAGCUGGAUUCAGAUUCAUGCAAUAGGUUAAUCACCAAAGUUCGUCUCUCAGCUCAUGUUGAUUGCCAGUCAUUGACAAAGUUAUUGGAGUAUAUCUAUUCGGGAUUCCUUGAAGCAGGAGAAGACCUUGUGAAAAAGUUGAAAAUUUUAGCCAGACAUUGCAAUUUGCAACCUCUGGUACAAUUGCUUUAUGGAAGAAAUCCGAAAUGGGGAACUCCAUUCCCAAGUUCCGACAUUACCUCUGCUCUUGGGCCAGCUGGACGUAAUUUUUCGGAUAUUAUUUUGGAGGCUGAAACUUCCCGACCAAGUAAUGAGGACUGCAAUUCUUGCUCCAUAUCUGUUUUACACCUGCAUGUUCACAAAGUUGUACUAUGGUCAAGUUGUGAAUAUUUACGGGCCCUCUUUCAGUCAGGAAUGCAAGAAAGCCAUUCGCUCACCAUCAAGGUGCCAGUUUGUUGGGACUCCUUGGUUAAGUUAGUCAGCUGGUUCUACUCUGGUGAGUUGCCUAGACCAAUAUCUGGCUGUCUAUGGGACAAUCUGGAUAAGGAGGAAAAGCUACACGAACUCCAGCCCUAUGUAGAACUAUGUUCACUUGCUCAAUUCUGGCUCCUAGAAGACUUACAUGACGAAUGUUUUAGACUAAUUGUAUCAGUUUUGGAUUCCUAUCAAUAUUUGUCUAUUAAAAUUAUACAGAUGGCUGCUAAUCUCAAUCAGUGGAAGCUAGUUGAAGUUGCAGCAGAGUAUCUGGCCCCUAUGUAUCAUCAUCUACGUAACUCAAGCGAGCUUGAUGUAUUGGAUGAACAUCUCAUUGAAAUUGUCCGCACUGCCUCAGUUCAGUUUUCUCAAAGAAAUGGACACUUACUCUCAUUGACAUGAUGUUUCUGCGCAUAUUUUAGAUAAUACGACUUCUUGGACAUGGAGGGGAUACUUUUCAGGCUUUGACAAGAUUGGUUGAGUUUAUGGUGUUUCAGUAAUAGCUUGAAGGAUCUAGGGGCAUACUUUAUCAUCUGUCCACUCAAGGGGUUGCAAGCAAAUGGUUUGAUACAGUCUGCGGAAGUCCUUCCAACUCAAUCAAUCAAUAUCAUUAUGCUGUGUGAUCGCUUUGCAUCAACUGUAUGCUUGUGUGGAAAUCAGAUCUUUUCUACAAGAAAUAUACAUAGAAGAGUUUAACCUUUGUACAGCUUUGUAUAGGAAAAGCUUGUCCAAUGGUAGACCUUGUUCAAGUUUUCUCAGUAGGAAGCAUCAUCCUCAAAGGAGUUUUAGUUCCAUGCGGGCAGAAGCCUAAGCAUUCGUGCAAGUCCUCCUUUUGCAAUGCCAUCUUUUGCUGCCUCUGCUUUUAUCGUCAGCUUUUGCCGCUAUCAUAUAUGGAAGUACACUCUGUGUGGUUCUUAUUCAUUUUAGCUCAACAAGGGUAAGGAACAUCUUUCUAAGGGAGUUUUGAUUUUGAUGCGGACAGAAACCUAAUCAUUUAGGGGUUGUUUGGUACAUGGGAUAAGGAUAAUAAUCCCAGGAUAGAUUUUGGGAUUAAUUUUAUCCCAUGUUUGAUUUGGGGUAUUAGCUAAUCCCAGGACAACUUUUACACUAAAAUGGUGGGAUUAGUUAUCCCAUAUAAAGGUGGGAUAACUAAUCCCACGGGAUAUUCCAUUGUACCAAACGACCCCUUAUGCAUUCCUUUUGUUGCUGCCCCUGCUUUGGUUCUAAAUACCGUUGUUCAAACUAAGGAACUCGGACAAUGCAUGUAUAGUGGAAAAAUCGUUCUGGUUCAUGUGCUCUUUUGAGCUGUUUUAGCUAUUAUGGUGAGAAAAGGUGUUUUCUUUUUCUUUAUAAUGUCAUCUUUUCUUUGUGGGAGCAGGGCCUUAGAAGGGGUGGAUUUAUGCUUACCGUGACACCGCUUCGUCGAAAUUUUUUACUAAAUAUAUGUAUUUAUACUGUAUGGAAACAGAUAAGUAGAAAAAAAUGACACCACUUGACAUAAAUUGUA